GCUCCCAUUGAGGAUGAGGAUGACAAGAUUGUUGGAGGCUACGAGUGCACAAAGAACUCUGUGGCCUACCAGGUCUCUCUGAACUCUGGCUACCACUUCUGUGGAGGCUCUCUGAUCUCCAGCACCUGGGUGGUGUCUGCUGCUCACUGCUACAAGUCCCAGGUCCAGGUGCGUCUUGGUGAGCACAACAUUGCUGUCAAUGAGGGCACAGAGCAGUUCAUCAACUCUGCUAUGGUCAUCCGUCACCCCAGCUACAACAGCCGCAACCUGGACAAUGACAUCAUGCUGAUCAAGCUGAGCAAGCCCGCCUCCCUGAACAGCUACGUCCGCACCGUGUCCCUGCCUUCCAGCUGUGCCGGCUCUGGCACCCGCUGUCUGAUCUCUGGAUGGGGAAACACCAGCGGCUCUGGAAGCUACUACCCUGAUCGUCUGAGGUGCCUGGAUGCCCCCAUCCUGAGCGACAGCAGCUGCAGGAGCGCCUACCCUGGUCAGAUCACCUCCAACAUGUUCUGUGCUGGAUUCCUCGAGGGAGGCAAGGACUCCUGCCAGGUACGAGCUGAAGGUUGGUUGGUGCCAACGGUCCAGCUUGCAGGGGUGUUGUUCCCCUGGGGUUAUGGCUGGGCCCAAAGGAACAAGCCUGGAGUCUACGCCAAGGUCUGCAACUACAACUCCUGGAUUCGCAACACCAUGUCCUCCAACUAA